GAGAGAUCAAGUGAGUGAGGGACACAGAGAGGCAGAAAGAAAGAGAGGGAUACACUGGGUGAAAGACCAACAAAAAGGGGCAGAAAGUGAGUGAGAAAGAGAUACAGUGAGUGGGAGAGACUGAUCCAGUGAGAGAGGGCUGGAGAGACUGUGCUCCUAUGCAGCUCUGUGGUUAAUGGGACAGGAUCUGGCAGUUGUAAACCAGCUUAGGGUAUUGCUAAACUGACACGUUUGGGCUCUCCUCAGAACAACAACCUGCGUUUACAGUGAACUCUGUCCUGUGGCUUUAUUCAGAGGGAUAGGAUAUAAAAGUGAGGCGAUGUUGAAUUUAUACAAAACCAUCGCUGCAGAAUGUCUCGAACUCAGGCUGAGUGUGUCAUCAAAAACAUCAUUCGGGAAAUAGCGCAAGAGUGUGCAGACAGAGCACAGACAGUGUCCGAGACCCUUGUAGCUUUUAUGGUUAAAGCUGUUGUUCUGGAUCCAAGGAAUGAGUUUAACGUGGAUAGAAACCUCACAAAGAAUGACGUACAGAAACUCAUUACGCUUUGUGUGGACAGAUUACUGGACACAAAACGCCCUUCACUUGACACAAUCAAGAUGCAAGUUUACUUCGACAUGAAUUACACAAGCCGAGUUGAAUUUCUUUGUGAACAUCGCCGUGUCUUGGAAUCCAGGCUGAGCCCUGUGUGCAGAGAAAUCACUGAUAGUCGUGCAAGGACCCGAGAUGAGUUGGAAUCUCUCUACCGUAAAAUUGUCAGCUUUGUAUUGCUUCAAUCGGGCCUCGGAUCCCCCACCAACAUAAAUGUGGUGAGAGAGGCAACUGCUGCUCUGCAGAGCGUCUUUCCACAGAUUGAGCUGAGCACCUUCCUUUCCCUCACGAAAAAGGACAAGGAGAGACAGCUGAAUGAACUGAACAUGAUUGUCACUGGCAUUCGGCUGUUCAACAAAAGCUGUAAGAAAGGUGGCGAGGGCAUCGAUGACUUGCCUGCUAUUCUGAAUGAGGCUGUUCCAGCUACGAGCCAAAACAUAGACCUUGAGCUGCAAGCUACUCAACAGCUAAUUUACCACUACACAGCCAUCAUUGAAAGGCUUGAGAACAGCCGGGAACAUUGCUAUGAGCAAGAUGGGCUGCACGAUAAAAUGAAGGAGGCUUUGUUCAACGUGAGACAGCAUGAGAUCUUUCUGCGUAUCAUUUCGAACGAUAUCGUAAUUUGUGCUCAACAAGUAGAGGUGCUGGAGUCUCAGCUAAGGCAACAAAUGGAGGAACUGAAUUCCAUAAUCAGGACAAAGGCAGCCGUACCCACUGCACAGGUCUAUCCUCAUUUUAUUGCAUUGUCCAACCUGUGGACAUGCUUCCAGGAUGAGAUGGUGCUGCUCAGUGUCUUCAGUAACUUAGUGACCAAUUUGGAUCCGUUCCUGGCAACCCAUGUACAGCUGUUUCCAACGGCUGUCAUUCAGCCCUUGUUGGAAGGAGUGACUGUGAAAUCAGAUGAGGACAGGAUAAAAGAAUCAGAAGGAGUAACAGUAGAUCCAGAAAUCUUCCAGAAUCGUGUGUGGAUCUUCCCAGGGAGCGUGCCAAAUUUUAAACAAAUCUUAUUGCAGUACCGAGGAUUUUGUGCCUAUGCAUUGGGUGGAAGGCAUGGUUUGAUUUUGCCAGCAAACCCAAAUAUUGGAAUUCUUAAUUAUCAAGGUAAAUACUAUGGAUUCUCCUCCAAGGAGGCUGCGAGUUCGUUUGCUCGAAUACCUGACUACUACAUUGCUAUGGUCGCACAGGAAGCUAAAGCCUGUGCAGAGCUUAUUCAGCUGCUGGAGCUCCACCAUCAGUUUGCCUCAAUUACGACUUAUUCACAGACUAAAUCUACAGAUAAAUGGCACAUAAGGUCCAUCACGAGGAAUGACAGUAGCACACAGACUGAUACCCACAUCCUAGAAUCAAAUAUUGUUAAAUCGUAUGAAUGGAAUGAAUGGGAGAUCAGACGAAAAGCUAUUAAACUGGCAAACUUGCGUAAAAAGAUGAGUCAUUCCAACCAGACCCAACUCAGCCACAUGAGAAGAGACAACUUUACCCAGGUUUACGAACAAAGGAACAAGGGAGUACAAACAAAACGAGAAAAUUCCAGCAAUGUACCCAAACCAAAAGUCUUCUAUGCAGGCCUGCGUGGAGGAAAAUCAACAGAUCCUACAGUGGUGACCAAAAUCAACUUAACAAGAGCUGUGGAUGAAACCUAAAACUGUUCUGCAAAAAGAAAUCUUAAUCAUUUCUGUGUCAGUUUUAAAUAUUAUUUUUUCAUCAUAAAUGUUUUAUAACAAUGCUUUAACAUUGUUUUUUCUAAAUGUUCAAUUCAUAGUUAUUCUGUUUGAUGCCUAUUUUUGAAGUACAGAAGUUCAGGCUGUAUUAUGUAUUAAAUGAAAAUUAAGUCAAA